AGUAAGUCAAAAUUGGCUGUUCAAUUAAGUGAUAAAACCAAUUUUGAAAGACCCUUUUUCGUGUUUAAGUCUCAACGUACUCGAGAAACCCAUCGGAGGACAUUUUCAACUGCCAAUUCACAGAUAGAAGCAACAGUAAUGACAAGAUAUUUGGUGCUCUACUCUUUCAUUUUUACGGUUUUAAUGUUAUUUCGGUAACUACUUGUUUUGCUGCCUAUACUGCUUGUAAAAUGAAUAUAAAGAUUUCCAAUGUAGACAUACAGUAAAGAUUCUUUUGCUAAAAAUUGCUAAGCAUAAAAUAAUAUGGAUAAAUUUUUUUUUAGAGGGCACGAUAACGAAUCCUGUAAUCUGAUUGGUUAUUUACCCGGUCAGUAUUUUCCUAUCUCUGCCCGCGGGCCACGGUAACGCUUUAUUGAGUCGCCGAGUACAUCGCUACUUUCGUUACCAUUUUUCAUAAAUAUAUCUCGUUUUUCCAGCUGGGCAGUAUUUUGAAGCAAAGACGUCGGUCACUACCCCAAGCCGAUAAAUAACUUAUGAAUCCUCUUUUUUCUCCCUCUCAAAUCACUUUGGCUGACAGACAAAUAUUGGUUUCAGAAUGAAUUUAUAUAAGCAAUAGUGUCCUUAUGUUAGUUGACAAGCGACCUAAAAACCAUCUGCAAUUAAUUUUGAUCGUUCACAAAAAGUAGAAAGUAAAAACGUGAGGUAUUUGGUUACAGUUGAACUAAUCGAACUUCACUCAUUUAAUAUCUGGAUUAUCUCAAACAAUUUGGUCGUAGUGAAAGAGCGAGCGAAGUUUUAAUUUCAGCUCCACAAGAAAUAUACGCUCUCGGUGAGUCUUUGUAAGUCCGUUCAGUUUGGACAUUUUUACCGUAAAUUGCACAACAGAAACUGAAGGAAUUCAGUGAGAAAAGGCCGCAUUAAAUCUCCUUGUAACUCGUUGGAGUGUAUCAUUCGAAUUUAGUUUUUGUAGGGGAAAGACCAGAUUUACACACGCCAUUGCAGCAAACAAACGAGCAAACUCUCACAACUUCAAAAUAAAAAAAAUUGAAUUUACCCACAAUUACUUUCCUCGCCUUUUACUUAAUGAACAGAGGUAAAUCUUCGUACAUGAAUUAAUCUUCGAUGGGAGUUAGAAAUACUUUCCGUUAGAUCAUUGACUGUUUUUGAGGAGACCAUUGUCGUGACAGUCCUUGCCAAACUAGACCCUGUGAGCAGGCUAACUGGGAUACCUGGAUGAUACUGGAUCCUUGCGGGAAUCAAGUGUAGUGAUACUACGAGUGUCGGACUAGUAUAUUGAAAUAGUGAGCUCAAGUCUGGCCAAGGGCAUACAUUUAUUUCAAAACAUAGCCAUGCUAUGCAUGCAAGAGUUAUUUUUUGUAGGGUGGGCAUAUCUCUUGAAACAUUGUAAGUGGUCUACAUUCUUACAAAAGGAAAGAAGAGUAUUAUCGCGGAAAAGAACGAAAAUGUCGAAUUACCUCACACACAGAUACUUUGUGGUAGAUUAUGUGUGUUGUGCGAAUAAAUGUAACCAAAAAUAAACUGUACUGGUGCCACGGAUACCUGUUAGUACAAAAUGCAGACAGCAGACUGCAGACCGAAUACAAAAUAUAGACUGCAGACUGCACAGUGGGUACAAAAACUGAGAAUCUGAAGAGUUUGUACGUCUGGUAUAUAAUAUGUCAUCUUGCAGUUUGCCGAGUGUCACGCAAUUGCUUUUCCGCGAUCAACCUUCACGAUUAUUUGCACUAUUGUGGAAAAUUCCUGGCUCAUUUCUUGAUGAAAAUCGAUCGUAAUAUAAUUUAAAGCCUUCAGUAGAGUCUUCUUACUUUGCGCGUGAGUUGGUUGGUGUGAUGUCUGUGCAGAUUUUACCAACGUAAUAAAAGUAGAUGAUGUGAAUAACAGUAAUGGUAACGCAAGCUUCAAACGGCAGAAAUCGCCAGAAACUACAAUGGAUAAAUAGGGUAUGAGUAAUUUUUAUUGAUUUUACGAGAAAAAUGUUCAUAUUUCGAAAUAGUUAUCGUUGUAAAUCGACCAUAUUUCGUCCCCUAUACUAUUCCUUAUAACGUGUUCAAAUUUUCAACGGAUCCUCUCGUAACUUAACACCGAGUUACACAACGCGUUACGUGUUCAUGAAUUAAUCGUUGGCUUUUUCUCGAGACUUGAGCUUGGGAGGCCUGUGACAAGGCAAUUGUGUAAACAAUACUCAACAUAAUAACAUUAUACACAAAAAACACAGGAUUUUGGAUCAUGUAUUUAUUAAAAAAGAAUAUCCCUACAACUACAAUGAAAACAAACAUAAGAUUCACCUUUCUUAUCGUGAAAUUAAUACCAUUCGCACUGUUAUUGCAGCUACGUUCCCUGGCAUCAAGUGAAUCCAACAUGGCGUCUUUCUUCACAAGCAGUUUGCAUCCAUUAGAGUUUGGUUCUUCAGUCUCACAGUAGUAGUGUUGUUCAAUAGAUUGCAUAGAGUAUAUGCAGUUUGGUUUCAGAUUUCAGAUUUUGCUUUUUACAACAAGUGUACGUUUUUUUAACUAAGACAUUGGCAUACAAGGCAUACAAGGCAUUCAAGGCUUUCAUGGCUUUAAAGCGUUCGCGACUCAAUCCGUUCCAAAAUUAUCGCUCAAAAACAUCUUUUAGUGUGGAUUGGCCGCGAACAAUACGACUUGUGUAUGCGUCUGUAAGUAUUUUGAGCGUUUGCGCCAUAAUGCUCCAAGUGAUCGUAGUCCAAACACGUUGAAAUACAAAACGUCUGACCAAAGAGUUUUAUAAGCAAAAAUCUCGUGGUUGGUCAUGUGACCCGGCCCUGUCCGUGCAUGACAACGUCAAUCGUCAUCAAGAUAACACGCGUGAUCAGCAUGUGAACACCUCAUUGGAUCACAGUUAGUGGUCAUGGUGUUGAGGGCCCAAUGACCUCUGGGUACUAUUGCGCAAUUUUGCCAUUUUGUGACGGAGGAAAAAAAAAAAAAAGGCAAAAAAACAAAGGUAUUUUAUGACUGGGCUACCACAGGUUUCCCAGUAACUAGUUUCGUUGUUUUUCCAAGAUGAACUGUGCUUUUUCUUUCUUGCGCGUUCUUUAAUUGACAGGUGUCAGAUUGUGACAGAUACUUGUAAAACUAAUGUUUCAAAGUUUGUUUUGAAGCCUUUUAAAUCACCUUUAUCAAUACGCAAAUGAAAAUGUUGCGGUGAGGCAUCUCUCUUUCAUUUUCAUCACCCCUAUUUUAACUACCAUUUACUCGCUCAAAAACUGUUUGGUUUAUGGAAGAUCUUGCCGUAUUUACAGCCCUAAAUCAUUCGGGUUCUUUCGGAAAGACUUUCGUUAAGUUUAAAAAAAGAAAAAUAUGUUAUUUACCGGCUAGGGGUCCUCGGUAACAGUUUUUUACCAUACGGACCUCCAAGCCGGCAAAUAACAUAUAUAUAUUUAUAUAUAAGAGUCACAAUAUCAAUUCCUCAAAGUAAAAGUUCCGGAAUCUGAAAAUUAAGUUUUGAUCUACUAUUCUUAAAAUUUGUUUUAAAAACUUUGGUAGAUUGAGUUCUUCAGGAUUUCUGUCGAUUGCUGAACAUUUGUACUUACCUAUAUACUUGUAUACGUACCGGCCGUAGAACCUACAUACACUGCGUCGUACAGAUUUCUUUUCAAUUCUUCAACGAAGCAUUGGCUGAUAACAUUUACGGGGAGGAAGGUGCAAAAAAUGACGGUAAUUUGAUUGGGCUGUCUAAGACGCACGAGUUCCAAACCGCCAGCAGCUGUCUGCUGUACGAAAAAAACUACCAACCAGCAAAAUAGCUUAAUGAAAAACAUCAAGUCAUACCUAGGCAGAAAACUAACUCGAUAGCGGUAGGAUUUCACGUAAAUGUGAUAUUCACUGACUUAACAAUUUUGUGAGAAAUUUUUCUGCAAUAGUUUUCGUGUCGCGAUAAAAACUAGACAAAAAUGUGAUUAGUAAACAUAACAAACAUAAUCUACAACGAAUAAAAGAAAAAUCUUAAUCCAAGGAAAAUUUUAAUCGCAGCUUUUACCUUACCGACAGAUUAAGAACCCGCUCUGCCAUAAUAACUUACGUAUUUUUUUCAGUGUCGAAUGUGAGGCUCGUUGGUUCUCCAAUUAGUAAUGCUGGACGAGUAGAAGUGUUUUACUUGGGAGACUGGGGGACAGUAAAUAACUGGGGAUGGGACCUCAAUGCUGCUCACGUGGUAUGCCGCCAGCUGGGGUACCCUGCGAGCCUUUCAUCUGGUUAUAAUAAUCAGUUUGGUUCGAGCACAGGGCCGGAAUGGUUCAGGAACGUGAGAUGUUUUGGCAACGAGACCAAUCUUGGAGAAUGUACAAAAGAUGUGUAUGGUUAUAUUUCCAGUGGAUCAAGUACUAUAACAGUAUUGUGCAAGUUACCAUAUCAAGCAGGUGACCUAUCUACUUUUUGGAUACACGCUUGUGUUGAUACGUUUUCACAAAAUGAUCUCCCAGAACCUAAUUUAAAUUUGCAUUAAGACAGUCGUAUUCCAAUAAUGUACCCAGCCUUACUUUUCCCUCGACAUAAGUGAGGCAAAGGAAUGCAAAAACACGCGAAACACAAAGGACGAGUGGGGAUUAAGGCAUAAAAAACAGGAACAAAGCAAAAAAGAAAAAAAAGGAAAAAAUGCGGGGAUGGAGUGGGCUGUACAAAAUUUUUGGUUUUCCCUUUUCUGGAUUUUCGCUCUUUUUCUUCCUAGAAUAAUAGUGGUCCAAUCUUAUUUCUCAUUCACACCAUUCCAUCCACGUAAAAGGGAAUAAAUGAAUAAAUAAGUAAAUGAAAUGAGCUAUUAUAUUUUGGGAGGUGGGGGUGAUCUAAAGAAUAAGUUUCCUUUAUAAUGAAACAGUAAUUUUCCGACACUUUUACAAAGAAAUAAGUUGUUUAAUUUAUUGUCUAAAGCAGCUUCUCAUUCCCUCUUUUAAAAAGCAAAGUUGAGAUCUCUAAGAAUAUUUUUUCCUUCCUGCAUUUAUUUGCCCAGAUAUCUCUUCAAAAUGCUUGGAGGUCAAAUGUCAACACCAAGGAACCUGCAUUGACACUGGAGGUGGUGCUAUUUGCAACUGCACAGAAGGAUUCACAGGAAUCCAUUGUGAAAAAUGUGAGUGAAACAACUUUUUUCAAUACUUUUGUACGUAUAUGUGAAAGAUAACCACCAGCCAGCGAAUUGUGUUUGGACUGACAAAAAUUUAUUAGACGGGUCUAUAUUCGCAUAUCGUACCUUGUCAAAGGAAAAAAAGAUGCUUACAGAAGAUCAGAUUCCCUUUGUUGGAUUUAUGCAUCAAACAUAACUGUAAGUAACGCUCCCAUCUUGAAGGGGAAUACUACCUUGUAGUUCAAAACUUUGAUUUUGAAAAAUUACGAACGGUUAGGCGUGAUCUUUUCAGAGCUCACCGCACGCCAGAUGCAAAGGAAAUCCAUUCCACCCGCCUUUCUCUGCUACCUUGUUUAGGCAUAAGAAGCUUACUUUUUUCCAUUAAUCGGUUCAAGAAUCUGAUUUGUAUAUUUUUCUUUCCUGGCAGUCUUAAUAUGCGAAAAGUAGCAUAAUCUCAGGAGGUGACUGUACGAACUGAUUUUAUCACUUUCAUACCAUACAGACCAAAAUGAUCACUUCAGUAUCUUUUUUGGCUUGUCUUAUUCCUGUAGCAAUAUCUAAUCCAUGUCAGAGUUCUCCAUGUAUGAAUGGUGGAAAGUGCUUCAGCAAUGAAUCUUCAUAUAUCUGCUCGUGUCCCGUUGGGCUUUCGGGGCAUCGUUGUGAGGAGCGAACUGCCAUCAGUAACUUUAUUUAUAUGUUCUUCCCUUGUUGCAAAUCAAUAGAGCUAUUAUUAUGUCAAGUCUGGAGACGAGACGAAAUUGUCGAACACGUUUUGAUGAUAAUGAAAGCAAGGCUAAGAGAUUUUUCCACUACCGCACUAUAGCUUAUGUUUUGUCAUCAAAGUCACCAGAUAAGCUUUUAAGGUCUUACGAGUAUUUAAAUCAUUGUUUGAAAGUAAGCGUAUUCAUGUUGAGCCUAAGUAUUAGAAUAGAAACCCUUAGCUCUCAUUGGUGGCCAAAUAGUUUUUUAAGAGAACUGAGUUUCUUUUUCUUGUGUCUACUAUGCAGCCAUGAAGCCGUGCCAGAGCCACCCGUGCCCGAACAAUGCAUUUUGCCACGACAAUGAAACUCAUUUCUACUGUGUGUUUAAUGAGGCAGAGCAUUCAACAUCACAGAGCGGUGGUGAGCUUUAGCUUUUUUGUGUGUUCUGUUGUCUAUUUCUUCUCAAACUCAUCAUUGAUUUAUUAAGCUGUCUCAAGGAAAAUUUUAAACGUGACAAUGGUAAGAUACAAGAUACAUUAAAAUAAUUUGCUUCUUCGAUUGAUGAAGUGUAUCAAACGCACGAACUGUGUAUUGUUACAUUUCGAAACACCUCGAAAUUUGUUAAAAAUAAACGUCAUCUGGGACGCAUUGGAUGUGUCCUUUCUCAUGAAGUUGACCUUGAAAUUGUUUUUUCUCUACAGAUGGGUCCUUGCAAAAACAGAACGGAAGUACAACCUCCAAGACUACGUUUCUUGUAACAUUAUCAAUUCUCGCGUCUCUUGUGUUCCUUCUUAUUGCUGCAGUUGUUUACCUUAGCUUCCAAAAUCGGAAGCUUUCUAAACUUAAACCUAGAGACCAACAGGCAACCUUUAGCAAUAUGGCCUACAGAAGUGAUAAAGAGGAAACCUACUACAGUGACGAAAUCGACCUGGGAACAGGAACAAAUCACAGUUCUAUGCCAACGAGGGACAACACUAACCAUUUAUAUGAAAUAGCUCCCACUUUCCAUGAAACAGCCACCUCUCGAGCUCUUCCACCAAUUCCACCACCACAUAGGGCGGAAAGAAUGAAUCCGCAAGCUGCUCGUAAGAAAGCCAACCGGGGAAAUGACGGUUUAAAAGCGAUAGCCGUGGAAGGGUCAAAGAGGGCCACGACAGGGGCCGGAGAGCAUUACAUGGCUUUAUCAAAGGAGAACAGCAGCACUGCCUCACGUAAUAUCUCAGCUGAUGGAGGACCGAAUCCCAACGAAUACAUGUCUCUGUCACCAAACAGGCACGGAGAUAUUUCUCAUUCUUAAAGUCCUCAAGCGUCUCACUUCUAAAGGUCGAUUAACAUUACAAAGAUAGAAAAAGGCGGAGGGAUCUGAAAAAAGGAGAGUCAGAAAAAUUUGCUUUAUUCUAAGGGCAAACUAGUAUUGUACUGCACAAUUUGUUCACCUGGGUACCCACGCGUGUCUAUUCCUUCAAACAAAGCAUUAUUCCAGGAAAACCAAAUAUGUAGCGUCCAAAAAGCACUUGGUAUGGUCGAAGGCCUAGUUUGAAUUCAUUAGAGCACGGAGAGAGAAGUUAGUAGUGCGAACUCUCUCUUAUUACGCUUUCUCGAGCGAUACGCUUUUUUACAUCGGCCCUGCUUAACGUAUUAAACGCCUUUUGUGUCUCUUAGUAUGCAUAUACCAUUAUUAGUAGUGAUGCCUAAGUUCAAAGUCUUCCGGCGCAAAUGGGAAAACUUCUUGAGGUUUCAGGGAUUUGAAUUGUCCAAACCUCGCGGUAGCUUUCUAUCUCCUAAAUUUCUUCAAUCCGUGGGGCUAAUAUUACUUCCCAAGUAAACACCGAGUGCAGAUGACAGCCCGGUUUUGUCUUGUAAUCAUUAGGGGUUUAGAUUUCAUUGGCAAACUUUUCAGAGUGAAUGAAAGGUUAAGUAGGCAGCAUCUUUCAAGAAAGUAGUAGAGGAUCUAAAGUAAUCCAGGACUGCACUAUUUUUGCAUAAUUCUGCUUUAUAAUUGAUGUCACGCCGUCCUCUCGACCAAUCAGAUUCAAAUCUAAAAUCAAUCCUGACUUGGUUGAUUUUUCCACUCUUGUGGCAGAGUAAUUAAAGUACUUUGAGCUCUGAUUGGCUCUUAUGGUAUGUUUUGGUUCUAUUAGCUUGUUGUGGUUUCAUUUAUCUUUGUAAUAGGACACUCAAUUAAAAAGAGC